CCGUUUUCCGAAUGUAUCAUGGCGACACAGAUGGCGGUAAAUUCGGGAGCCAGUCUGUGGGGGCCACUGAAGGAGCUGUGGGAAACAGUAGAUGGGGCUGUGUUAAGGAGACAGCCAGAAAGUGGCCACCUCCUUGAUCUACAGUUGAAAAAACACAAACCACACUUUCUAACACUCUUUAAAAACCCUCCAAAGAGUGCAGAGCAGAGAGAGAAAGUACGCAAGGCCAGCACAGAGGGCAUUGCCAUCCAAGGCCAACAGGGGUCACGCCUCCUUCCAGAGCAGCUGCUCACUGAGGCCUUCAUCCUCAGUGAUUUGUUUGAUGUUGGAGAGUUGGCAGCUUUGGAGCUCCUCUUGGCAGGUGAGCACCAGCAGCCACAUUUUCCAGGUUUAACUCGAGGCCUAGUGGCUGUUCUACUAUACUGGGAUGGAAAGCUUUGUGUGGCCAACUCCCUGCGCACGCUCAUUCAGUCACGCCAGGGCAAGACCUUCACCCUGGAUCUUAGCGGAGAGCUGGUGGCUUUGACAACGCGUUUUACAGAUGAACUAAUGAGCCAGGGUUUGACCAAACGCAUCCUAACUUUGGUGUCAGAGAUAAGUGUGACGCGUGAGUUUGAACGACUACAGAAGGAACGUGGCUUGGGUAAUGAGAAACACAGGAAGGAGGUUUCUGGCCUCAUCAAAGAGUGCAGACAGGCACUUGCAGACAGCCUGUUUUCUUGGACGUGCCAAUCGCCUUUGACCAAAGAUGACACCCUUGCUCUUAUCGGCCACCUGGAAACAGUUCCUGCACAAGCUGAUGGUUCACUGGACAGUGUAAAUCUGGCUCUUGUUAUGGCCUUACUCUACUGCUUGGAUGUCAGCUUUAUAGAGCAGGGAACAGAAGACAGAGAAGAUCUGAUUCAGGCACUGCCAUUGCUCACAGAAAGGCAGUAUGUGUCUGCUGUGCACAGUCGUCUGAUGGAUGGCCAACCCUGGAAGCUUCCUGGCCUGCAAGCUGUAUGUAGGCUGGCCUGGGCUCUUUCUCUGAGGGUCCUUUCCCAGCUACCUCAGGGAUCUGCCCUGGUUGAAUUCACUGAAGCAGAUGAGGCCCUGGCUGACCAAGCCCUACUCGGAGAUGUUUUCCUCUUUAUGAAGGAGGGCAUUCUGGGAUGUGAGAGUUUUGCCCAGGAAGAGUUUUACAUCCGCCGACUUCAUUCACUCAUCACAGACUUUCUUGCACUCAUGCCAAUGAAGGUGAAGCAGCUUCGUAACCGUGCUGAUGAGGAUGCCCGUUUGGUGCACAUGUCCCUGCAGAUGGAUAGUGAGCUUCCAUCGUCACUGCGCAAAGAUUUAGACCACCUCAUGAUGCUUAUUGGAGAGUUUUAUAGUAAGGACACAUUUGGACUGGAGUUAGGUCUGGAGUUCUGGUGUCCAACGGAGUCUCUUCAGCACACCUCUCUCCAGGGAUCCUACCUGGGGAUGGCACUGCAGAGGCCUCCACACAAACAGGUCGUCCUGUCCAAGUUUGUGCGUCAGAUGGGAGAUCUUCUGCCCUCAACCCUGUAUAUUUCCUACCUUCGUAUGCUCAAAGGCCUCGCAAAUGGUCCACAGUGUGCCCACUACUGCUUCAGUCUGCUUAAAACCAAUGGAGCUACACACAGUGACAACAUCCAGGGAGUGUCAGGCAGUCCAGUGUCAUGGGAACAUUUUUUCCAUUCCCUGAUGCUCUACCAUGAAAACCUGCGAAGAGACCUCCCAAACCCAGAUGCAGCACAGUAUCGCCACCCACCACUAAGGGGCAUAACCCAGAGAGAGCUGGAGGGGCUCACUGCAUUUUUGCAGCUCCUCACCACCAUCAUUACAUGGAGUGAAAAUGCCCGUCUAGCGCUGUGUGAGCAUCCACAGUGGACGCCAGUUGUAGUGAUGUUGGGUUUGCUCCAGUGCAGCGUUCCCCCAGUCCUAAAGGCUGAGCUUCUCCAGUGCCUGGCAGCUUUUGGGAAGUCACCAGAGAUCGCUGCCUCACUCUGGCAGUCACUGGAGUAUACACAGAUCCUUCAGACAGUGCGUGCUCCAGGACAGAGGCAGGCAGCUGGAAUUGAGGUUGAACUGAACGAGAUUGAGUCGAGUUGUGAGGAGUAUCCCCUGACACGAGCAUUCUGCCAUUUGAUCAGCACACUGGUUGAGAGCAGCCUGCCCAUUAAUCUGGGUGCAGGCCUUCGGGUACCAGGAUUUCAGCCCUACCUGAACUUCCUGCGAGACUCUGUGUUUCUCCCUUUUCCCACCAGAGCAUAUCGUCGGCCUGCAGAAAAGUGGGAGGUUGCUGACUCUGUCCUCGAGGUGUUCCACAAACUGCUGCGGGACUACGAACCCCAACCUUCAGACUUCGUCCAGGAAAUGGUAGAGCUCCAGGGCGAGCAGAUCCCAGCUCACAAACCUCCUGGACACAGUAUCAUGUUCCACCUGCUCAACGACUCCCCUACACUGGCCCUCUGCCUCAGUCUGCUGGAGGAGGGUGUACGCCAGCUGGACACCUAUGCCCCGUUCCCUGGUAAAAAGCAGUUGGAGUCCGCAGUGCUGCACUGUUUGUGCCUGCUGGAUUUGGCUCUGCAGAAGGAGAUGGUGUUCACAGACCUGCUCAGAGAAAGCCAGUCGUCUUUGCUGAUUUCACCACUGGAACAACUCCUGCAGGGGGUCAGUCCUCAGACUCGAAGGGCUGAUCAUAUUGUCAAUAUUGCCAGGUAUCUGUACCACAGCAGUUCCAACCCAGAGGCUGCUUUUCAGAGCUCCAAGAUCUUGCGCCGCAUUUCCAACUACCCCAACAUUCAGAUGAGGCUGGUGGGAGACUUUACACAUGAUCAGGCUGUGAGUGAAAAGCUGAUGGCAGGAUUUGUGGAGUGUCUGGACAAUGACGAAGCAGAAGAGGGAAUAGAGAAAGGAGACGACCCAGACACACAAAAGAAGGUAGCAAGAAUCCGGCAUGAAACCCAGAUUCAUAUUCUGAACCUCCUCAUCACCUCCUUGGAGCUCAAGACCCCAAAUCUGGCCCUUUAUCUCUUGGGAUAUGAAGUUAAAAAGCCUGUGUCCUCCACCAACCUCCAGGAUCCAGGUGUGUUGGGAUGUCCACGGAGCUGCUUACACGCUAUCCUGAGUUUGCUCCAGAGAGGCACUGAAAAAAGAUCAGGACCUGUUCUCACCCAACAGGCCCCACACCUGGCUGAGCUUUGCUACCAGGUGAUCUACCAGCUGUGUGCCUGCCCGGACACAUCUGGACCCACUAUGCGCUAUCUGCGGACCAGCCAGGACUUUCUGUUCUCACACCUGCAGCACUUGCCCUUCAUCCUUCCUAGUAACCAGAUCGCUGCCCUCUCCCAGAUGUCCUGGCUAAUGAAGACCGCAGCCAUUGAACUGAGAGUGACCUCACUGAAUCGCCAGCGCUCGCAUACACAGCGCCUAGUCAGCCUUCUGCUCGAUGACCAGCCACACACUCAGCACACAGCUGAUGGGGAAUCAGGCAUGGAGGAAGAGACCAGAUCUGUUAGUGGUUUUCUGCACUUUGACACAGUUUCUAAAGUGCGUAGAAAGUUGCUCAGUGUACUCGACGCCAUCGAUUUCAGUCAAGACAUCCCAGAACUCCUGCAGCUCGACUUCUUUGAGCGCACACAGAUAGAACAGGUGAUCUCCAACUGUGAGCACGUCAAUGAGCAAGGACACACUGUGUGCAAUGUGAAGUUGCUUCAUAGAGUGUUAGUUGCGGAGGUGAAUGCCCUUCAAGGAAUGGCAGCCAUUGGACAGAGGCCGCUGUUGAUGGAGGAGGUGAACUCCAUCCUCCAGCAGGUGGUGGAGCGUAACCGGGUCCGACGGAGUCUCGGUGCGAAGCGUCAUGCACUACAGUCCUGGAGGAGCUUGGUGGAGACGCUGUUGACCGCCUGCCCAGCUGACCUCAUCCCCGCUGAUGACAGACAGCUCAUCAUCAGAGACCUACUGUUAGACCUGCACGAUAAGGUAUUGUCUGAGGAUGCUGCAGGAGAACUGAUGCCUAUCGUUGCCGGGGCAGUGUUCACUCUGACAGCUCAGCUCAGUCAGUCAGUCCUGUCUGAGCAGCAGCAGGGGGUGGGAUUAGAAUCCUCCUCUGGUUUUGCCUCCAUUGCCAAUUCUGCCCUGCACCUCAUCCUUCGCAAGCUGCUUGACUUCAUCCUUUGUACUGGAGGAGGAUACCAGCGUCUACGUGCUCACUUGUAUGGCUCUCUGUUGUACUAUCUUCAAAUCGCUCAGAAACCUGAAGAACCAGACACUCUGCAGACAGGGAAGGCAAUGUGGGAACGUCUCACAGCUCCUGAAGAUAGUUUCUCCAAACUACAAAGAGAGAACCUUGCAAUCAUUGAGAGUUAUGGCAAGGCACUCAUGGAGGUGGUGUGUAGGGAUGCGUGCGAUGGCCAUGAAAUUAGCAGGAUGCUGGCCCUUGCCGUGCUGGACCGGAUCCUGUCAAUAGAUCGUCAAAAUCAGUGGCUGCUGUACGUCUGCAACAGUGGCUACCUGCGGUCACUUGUGGAAAGCCUGAGACAGGAUGACGGCGCCCUGCAGAGCAUGCUCACACCUCAGCCUCCUCUCCUCAAACCGCUCUACAUUUAUGAGAGCAAAAUGGCUCUGCUGACUCGUGUGGCCAAGACGGGCCAGGGAGCCGUGGAGCUGCUGCGUUGUGGACUGGUAGCUCAGCUGAUGGAGUGCCAGGUGUUCGACAUGGUUCCUGACAGUGACGCACACAGGAUGAUGAGGGACCCAUCAGGUUUCAUCCCCAGCCCUAUGGACCGCUACAGACAAAUUCUUUUACCAACCUUGAGGCUCUUCCAGGUUAUCCUGACCUCUACCACUAUGAAUCACCAGCAGGGGGCAGCACAGGUUCUUCAGUGGCUAAUAGUCCAUGCAGACACCAUUCAGUCUUUGCUUCGCUGUCAGGAGCUCAGUAUGGGAGCUUUGAAGGAGCUUUCUCUGCUCACGGGCAUCAUCAGCAAAACUGCUCUGCCAGGUGUCCUUGAGAUGGGUGAAGUAAACAGCAGCGCUCUUAUGGAGUUUCAAGGUCACAUCAACCGAUUCCAGCGCCUGUGUCUGUCUCUGCUCAGCCGUCUUGCUGGGAGUGAGCGAGAGAGGUUGCUGAAGCAGGCUGAGAUCGCUGCGCCUGGAGACUCAGCAGAACAGCGAGAGGAGAUGGAGGUGGCCAUGCAACAGGUGUGUGCUAACAUCAUGGAGUACUGCCAGACCCUGCUGCUGCAGAGCUCAGCCCAGGCCCAGUUCAGUAUCUGCCUCUUCAGCCCAUCUGGCAGCGAACCAGCUGGCAGGGAUGGAGGCCGCGCAGAUCUUUCAUCUUCUCUGCCUCCAAUGGCGUACUCCCGGGCCCCUAGCCUUGGUCUGGUCCUCUACCUGCUGAAGAACAGUGCAGCAGAUUUCUUCCGGUUCCACCAGAGUCACAGACAGAACCUGGGCAAACUGCAAAGCCUUGAUCAACUGCCACCCGAGGAGCUCAAGGAGUUGUGCCAAGGCCUGGUGUCAGGCCCAGGAGGUGUGGAGAAAAUCUCGUCAGUCCAGAGAAGCCUGUUGGCAAAACGACGACUGGUCCAGCUUAUCAACAACAGAGCCAAGCUGCUGGCCCUGUGCUCCUAUGUUAUCGAGACCUGCCUAUUUGUGUUGUGGCGCCACCUGGAGUACUACCUGUUGCAUUGUACUCCCGCUGACCCCAAGGACUCAUUGUUGCCUGGAGCUGGGUUAUACCGAUCACGUCUGACAGAUGACUCAUUUGGAGGGUUGCAGGCAAGUGGAGGGCGGGGCCUUGGUCUUUCCAGAGUCAGCCAGCAAGACCUAGACCUGCUGAAAAGCGACAUGGGUGCAGCUUUCGGGGAGGCUCUGCAGAGGAAGCUGCUGGAGGUCGAGGGCUUGUACAGUCAAGUCCGUUCCCGCUACACUUUCAUUCAAGCCCUGGUCCGCAGGAUCCGCGGUCUGGUCCGACAGCCCAAAAGCUGAGACUCAAAUCACAGAUGGACUGGCCAAGACCCAAAGUCCGUUUUUUUUUUAUCACACAAAAAAAAACUCUGGCAAGCAAAACGAUAAGCACCAAGAGAAAACAACCAAGGACUCUGAGCUGAGCUGUUGACUCUUUCUGGCAACAUCACUCCUUUUCCCUUUUCUCGGGCCUGUUCCAGCUUCUCUCUGGAGUACCGUAGGAUCCUGCUGCCAUUGUGUGUAGUGCGUUGUGUCUGAUCAAUCUUUAUUAACUAACUUUGUGUAAGGAAGUGAGAAAAAUAUAACCUGAAACUGCAGAAUUCACUAAUGAAAUUUGUACCGGGUAAAAACAUUUAAUAAUUUUGUUUUCAGUCUGUUUUUUUUUUUUUUUUAUGUGAAAAUAAACUUUUUCUAGAUCUGUUAAAAA